AUGGACGGCGCCGACGGCCAUCGCUCCCAGCGGCAGGCAUCGUGCUCCUGCGCCCCCUCCAUGUCCCGCCGCUACGUCCGCGACGGCUUCGACCUCGACGACGACGACGACUACUACUUCGACGGCCAGUUCGACAAGCCCGCCUCCUCGUCGUACGGGCGGGCGCCGUCCGCGGCCGCGUCUCGCGGGUGCGGCACCAAGCUGAGGGGCCUGUGGCGGAAGAUCGUCCGGGAGAAGAAGAGGAUACUGCUCUGCACCACCGGCUGCGUGCCGUCGGCGGCGGCGCCGCGGGAGCCCUACGACGCCUACAGCUACGCGCAGAACUUCGACGACGGCGCCGCCUGGGUGGAGCCGGAGAACCUCUCGCGCUCCUUCUCCGCGCGCUUCGCCGUGCCCUCCAGGGUCCUGCAGAGGGUCGCCGUGUAGACAGACACUACCGGCGGCAGCGGC